AUGCCACCAAACCCCCCGCCAAAUAGACCGCCCGCCGGGAGACAGCAACCAAGCGGUUCAGAAAGCUCCUCGGCUACACCAGGUCCAUCAGGGAUGGGAGGAACAGGCCGUGGAGGCUCAGCAAGCGGCAGAGGACGACCAGUGCAGCGAUUACAAUCUCUCAAGAAACGGACGCCAGGCGGUAGCCUUGUGCCGCUGAACGCAGAUGGUUCAACGCCCAAACCAACGCUGAAAUUUCAACCGAAGGUGGUGACACGAAAGAGCAAAGAGGAACGAGAAGCGCUUGAGAAUCUCGAAGCUCAGAGGUUACGGGAAAGAAUAUCUGCGGCCAAUGCAGCUCGGCGGACAACUCGAGGAGGAGAUCGAGGCAGAGGUAGAGGUCGUGGCAGGGGCGGAGCGAGUGGUGCAUCUGGCCCUCUGGGAGAAGGAGCCGGACAUGGACGACAUGGAGGUGCUUGGAAGGGCAAAGGCGGCCGUUCAGGCAAAAUAUCUGGCUUUUAUGGAGUGAAGAAUGAGGGCGGCGCAGAUGGGGAGCAGAUUGGUGGAGAUAUCUCUUCUGAUGAAGGAAGCGACUACGGACUACGGUUUAGCAUCGACCAUAUCAACCUCGAGAGUGACUCGGAAGUGGAAGCACUCGGGUCUGGGGGGAUUGGAAAGGGCAAGACCGCGAUGGGAAAAUCUACACCUACGGGUGGAAACCGUGGACUUCGGCCUGUGCGAGUUGAGAGACAUGAACACGUUGAACGGUCCAUUGGCCUUCCUACUGAAGCAAGCACAAGCGUAAGCAAGUCUGCUGAGCUCAGGAAGAAGGCAAAGGAGAAGGCUGGGGCUGCAGACGAUAGCCUGUUUGUCGAGGAUGACCAGUCUGAUGAUUCUGAUGCUGAAGGAGGUGAUGAUGAAGUGGUUAUGAGAGAUAUAAAGGAGUCUGAUCCUACAAAAGAUGGGCCCCAGAUCAAAGCAGAACCCACUGAUGACGAUGCCAUUAUUGACGAUAGCAUUCCGCCUGCUGCGUCUGAAGAAGUUGUCCCAAAGCCACGAAUUAAACCAAAGAAGGCCAAGGAUCCAAGGAAGAAGCUACAGACAGAAGAAGAACGACAAGAAUAUGACCGUUACGAAGAGGACAUUGACUACUUGAGGUCUACCCUUGGAACCCUCCCUACAACAGCAGGAAAUGCGCCUGACACCUCAGUUACAGCCGAAGUUGAGAAGAAGGACGAGGCAGACGCUGAGACGGAUGCAAAGCCAACCACGGAUGAACGCCAGGGCCAGCUCUUCCUACUCCAGUUCCCACCGAUGACUCCCAACCUGGUGCCACCAACACGUGAGAAGGAGAGUGCAGCUGGGCAAGGCGAAGAAGCUGUCGCCGAAUCUGCCGCAGCACCGGCACCGGCAGCUCAAGGGUCUGUGGCUAUUAAAGAGGAAGAAGGCGCUGCCAACCCGGCUUCCACGGCCAGCACAGCACCUCCCCUCGUCACAGCAACAAACAGCACUUUACCGCGGGGACGAGUAGGGAAGCUGAACAUACACCGGUCCGGCAAAGCAACCAUCGACUGGGGCGGAGUCAACUUUGAGCUCACCAAGGGUAGCACCGUCGGUUUCAUACAGGAUGCUGUGAUACUGUCUGACAACAUGGCCGGGAGCGCUGAUGGGGGCGCCUCAACCCGCGACAAGAAGCUCUGGGCCAUGUCUCAGGUCACUGGCAAGUUCGUUGUUACUCCAGACUGGGAUAAGAUCCUGGAUGAAUGA